AUGGAUUCCCGUCCAAAUUUGGAAAAUUUAUGCCGCGUCUGUGCCGCCAAUACCAAAGGCAAAAAUUCCGAAUGUGUUUACAUUUUGAAAACGCCCGGCCUCCGUGAUAAAUUGGAUAAAUUUCUUUAUUUAAAGAUGUUCGAAAAUGAUGCUCUGCCAAAGAUCUUGUGUAAAUCCUGUUUUCGUCAGGUUGAGGCCACUGCCUCGCUUUCCAAAAUUGCCAAACACACACAGCAAGUUUUUCGGGAUUUCCUUUUCAGUAGUUUGCCCAAAAAUACCAAACCUCUGGAGACCGCCAAUAACUCCAACAGCGAAUUUACAUCUUCCGAUUUCCUCAGCCAAAAAACAGAUGGCGAAAAGACAUCAAAUGAGUCUUCCUCCUCAUCUGCAUCGAAUGCAAAAUCCCAACCACCUACUUUAACACAAAUGCAAUCACCUCCCCCUCCACCACCACCACAAUCUGCCGCACAAUUGUCAACCACACCACGUAAAGAUGAUGUUGUGGUCAAUGUCUCAGUGGCCGAUCCUUUGACCCGUGAAAAUCAACAAAAAAUGAUUUCAAAUUCCCAGAGACGUCACAGCAUAAUGGUGGAUAUUUCCUCAGUGGGUUCGCUAUCGAAUAUUGCCACAAAUUUGGCACAAUUAAGUCAACAGAAUACAAAUAAUACCGCCUCCAGUACUGGGCAUUCUUCGGGUCGUAAAUCCGCCAGUCCUGCACGUGUUAUGAAAUAUUGUCAAAUUUCAGCGAAAUCCUUGCAUCAGCAUCAACCCAAUCAGGUGACAACAUUUUCAAGUGGCGGUUAUGUUAUUGAGCCAUUGAAGCUGCCGACCGAGACAACUGCUACUACGGAAAAGGAGGUGAACAAAAAAUCAACCCCACCCCUAACCAUAACCGCCACGGGAGCAACACCAGCCGCCAUUACGGUGACAGAUAAUACCAUUUUACAACAAAAACGUAAAAAUUUGGUCAAGGCCCUGAAUAAUAUCAAGGCGAAUAGCAGUGGUCAGGUAUCAUUGCUGAAAAGUUCGCAAACAAAACCAACGACAGGAGCACCAACAUCCACUCAGAAUCAACAACAAUCUUUGUUGCUAACAAAUCAAUUGCCGUCGAAGACAUCUCUCCUGGUGGAGAAUAUUGUCAAACAGGUGGGCGAUGAAUUGCCGGAUCGCAUAAUAAUUGCAGCACCGAAAAAUAAGGCGGCAAAUAAAAUGAAGAAGCCAGAGGAGGCAUCUGCCAAUAAUCCCACUGCGGUUAUACCACCCAGUACCUUGGUUAUAUCCGAAAUUCCUGCCAGCAAACAACCAGUGCAACCAACUGUGGUACAACAACAGCAACCCCAACAACCGCCGCCGGCUCCACAACCUACUAAAUCAUCUAAUUUCCCUGAAGAUAUUCUUUUGGGCAGGGUAAUCAAGGAUCUUGAUCUCUUGAAAUUGAUUUUGAAGGCCCUCAAAUGGCCGGUAAAUAAACAAAAUAUGGAACUGCAAUUACAGCGUUUGAAAAAUACCCGUUUCACCGACAUUAUGUCAGAUCCAAAUCUACUGCAAGACACCGAUUUGACACAGUUGUUGGGACCAUAUUUGGCUCCUGUUCUCCUGGCGGCACAAGCCUUACAACAACAGCAACAACAAAUUAUGAUGAAUAAUGGUUCGGCAGCAGCCAAGAAAACGAAUCCUAGCCUUUUGAAUACCACACCGAACAAGGUCGCCAUACCAUAUAAAUUACCACCUGAAACAUCGGUGCAAUUGGUGCCAGCCUUGCCAGAGGAAACGAUGCAAAAGGAGAUACCCACAACCCUCAAAAGAUCCCAUUCAAAGGAAUCGAACAAGAGUUCGGCUCCCUUGGUUAAAAGGCAACGUAAAUCUGCUGCUGGGGGUAUACAAAAACAUCGUGAUUCUAUUGUGAUAUCUGAUGAGGAGGAGGAAGCCCCAGGGGCCAAUGAUAACACCACCAAGUCCAAUGUUCGCCAGCGUUCCAAUAAGCCCAUGACUAAUUACGAAAUUGAUUUGACCAACCCCAGUUUCUUGGUACAAUUGGGACUGCUGAACGGCAGUUCCUCGGAACAAGCCAAUGAGGCAUUGAUGGCGUUAUUGGCCAAGCAGGCAAAAGUCAAACAGCAACAGAAUGUCGCACCAAAGAAGAGGCAUAGCAGUAUUUCUCAUAACCCAGUGGUUGCAAAUAAUGGCAACAAUCCAAAUUCCAGUGGAAAUGCCAAUGAAUUUGAUGGCUUAAUAAAUAUUGAUGAUGAUUUGGUACUCAUGGAACCGGUAACCACCACCAGUACGCCGAAUACAACUUCCAAGGAACCUGGCAACACGACGUUACCCACCAUUGACAUUAGCAACUUUGUAAUGCCUCAGCAAUUGCAGAAUUCCACACCGAUUAUUACACGGCCCAUAAUUAAGCGGCGCAAGACGGUCAUACAAUCGGCAAAGGUAGGAGCGGUACCGGCAACCCCAACCACAACCAGUAGUGGUACUACACCAGAAGAUUCCAAUAAAUUGGAAAAAGACUCCAAGAAACCAACACAAGAAGAAUUGCCCAGUACCACGAGCAACACAACACCCUCCACACCCAGUAGUGCCGAAACAUCACCCACAAAAUCGGGAGGGGGCUCCUCACGUAAACAACAAAAUAAAGCGGCAUUGGGUCAACAACUAUUGGAGGCAAUUGGCCUACAGAAAAUACAAACCAAAGAGACGGGUAAUACCACCGUCCACUUUGCUGCCACUUCGGCAAAUGAUACGCCACCCUCCCCGGCAAUGGGUGUCAAACAAUCGGUACAACAAAUACGUUCCGCCCUGAAGAAAUCUUUAAAGAAGGCCCAGGAGCAACAACAAAUGCGUAAUAAAGAUUCCGCCAGCACGACCACUACAACCAUAAUACAAGAUGCCGAUUCCACAACCAAGUCCACCAUUAAGGAUAUUGUCAUUGAACAUCGUAGCAAUAAAUCGGUGGAUAGUUCUACAACUCAUGAUGAUAUCGAAGAGCAAAUUGAAACAAUUACCUUGGUUAAGAGUCAAAAUGGCCCAACACCACAGGAGAAUACUCCUAAAGAUGAACUUAAAAAGGAAAACGCAACCAGGAAAAAGGCUGGCAAUACGGCAGGAAGGAUAACGGAACGUAGAAGUACCUUACCCUCAUCGGCGGGCAGGGUACGUUUUAAUUUAAAUACCAAACAGGAUAAAGGAGAAGAAAAAUCCACCGAUAAUGGUAAAAAGGAAACGGAAAACAAAUCCUCUCAAGAAGAGAAAAUAAAAUCGGAAGCCGAUAGCCCCAAUGUUAGUUCCACGUCAUCAACAACCACCACGGAUCAGCAGGCCAAGGAAGAAACUUCUGAGACACCACGACGCCGUGGAGGACGUAAACGUAUUACAGAGGCAGCGGAGACCACAGAAAGUUCCAAUGCCAAUGAAAAAGAAAAUAAUGAUAAGGAAAAAGAAAAAGAUAAAACAAAAGAAUCAGACAAAGACAGCGACAAGAAAAAAGACAAAGAAAAUGAGAAAUCCAAAGAUAAAGAUAAUGAAAAGGAAAAAUCGUCCGAUAAAAAUAAAGAUAAAAUCAAAGAGGAGCUGGAUGACUCAUCAAGCAAUUCGGGUCGACCCACGCGACAAAGUAAAACUUUGUCGAAAUAUUAUAAAGGCCCAGAUAAGUCGGCUGUUAGUCGCCGUUCGCUGCCAGCUCGAUCAACAAGAAAUAGGUAA